CCCCAGAAGUCGACCAUACUUCUCUUUCUUCCUCCUUUAGCGGCUUUCUGUUCCUCUGCGUGUCGUCCGUCUUGUAUUUUCAUUUUAUUUUGAGUGUGUUUGGUGAAGACGGACAGGGAUGGCGGAGCUGGAGGGCCUGGAGUUUGGGAAGUCAGACUUUGUGCUGCUGGAUGAGGUGACGAUGGAGCAGUUCAUGGAGAAUCUGAAGCUGAGGUUUGAGAAGGGCCGUAUCUACACCUACAUUGGAGAAGUAGUCGUCUCUGUUAACCCGUAUAGACAGAUGGACAUUUACGGCAAAGACAACAUAGAUGCGUACCGGGGCCGGGAGCUGUAUGAAAACCCUCCUCACCUGUACGCUGUGUCUGAUGCUGCCUACAAGGCCAUGAAGAGACGGGCCAAAGAUACCUGCAUCGUCAUAUCAGGUGAAAGUGGGGCAGGAAAAACAGAAGCUAGUAAAUAUAUCAUGCAGUACAUUGCAGCCAUCACAAACCCGAGCCAGAGGGCGGAGGUUGAGAGUGUGAAGAACGUGCUGCUCAAAUCCAACUGUGUGCUGGAGGCCUUCGGGAACGCCAAGACGAAUCGCAACGACAACUCCAGCCGCUUCGGCAAGUACAUGGACAUCAACUUCAACUUCAAUGGGGAACCCACUGGAGGACACAUCAACAACUACCUGCUGGAGAAGUCCAGGGUGGUCCAUCAGCAAAACGGGGAAAGGAACUUCCACUCAUUCUACCAGUUACUGCGUGGAGGCUCAGAUGAGAUGCUGGAGUCGUUGCAUCUACAGAAUGAUCCCGCUGCUUAUAUUUAUACCAAAGAGGGAGCUGCAACUGCCACCUCCAACAAUGAUCGCUCAAGCCACAAAGCGGUGAUGAGUGCCCUGGAAGUGAUCGGCUUCUCAGCAGAGGAGAUUAACUCAAUUUAUCAGAUCCUGGCCUCCAUUCUUUUGUUGGGUGAUGUGCAGUUUGAGAGCGAUGGCGAGAGCGUUCAGAUCCUGGGACUCGAAGCCAUCAGCCACAUCUCUGAGCUGACGGCCACGGAGGUGGACAGCGUCUGUAAGAGCCUGCUGUUCCGCACUGUGGCCACCGGGGGCGGCGAGGUCAUCGAGAAGGGACACACGGAGAAGGACGCCUGCUUUGGACGGGACGCUUUCGUUAAGGCUCUAUACGAGAGACUCUUCGGCUGGAUUGUGAGCCGCAUCAACAGCGUCAUUGAGGUCAAAGACUACGACCCAGUGCUUCAUGGGAAGAACACAGUCAUUGGUGUGCUGGAUAUCUACGGCUUUGAGAUCUUUGACAACAACAGUUUUGAACAGUUCUGCAUCAACUACUGCAACGAGAAGCUGCAGCAGCUGUUCAUCGAGCUGAUCCUCAAACAGGAGCAAGGCGAAUACCAGAGAGAGGGCAUCACCUGGCAACACAUCGACUACUUCAACAACCAGAUCAUUGUGGACCUGGUGGAGCAGCCCCACAAGGGCAUCAUCUCCAUCCUGGACGAAGCAUGCCUCACUGUUGGCAAAGUCACCGACACGGUCUGCCUGGAGAGCAUGGACACCAAGCUGGCCCAGCACCCCCACUAUACCUCCCGCAAGCUCAGCCCCACCGACAAAACCAUGGACUUUCAGAAACAUUUCCGUAUCCUCCACUACGCUGGAGACGUCACAUAUUCCGUCGAGGGCUUUUUGGACAAAAACAAGGACCUGCUUUUCCAAGAUUUCAAGCGUCUCAUGUACAACAGUGCAAACCCAGCCAUGAAGGAGAUGUGGCCAGAUGGUCAGCUGAGCAUCACGGAGGUCACUAAGCGACCUCUGACUGCGGCCACCCUCUUCAAAAACUCCAUUGUGGCCUUGGUGGAUAAACUGGGGUGCAAGGAGCCUUACUACGUGCGGUGCAUAAAGCCCAACGAGAUGAAGUCUCCUGUGCUGUUUGACGAUGCUCGCUGCCAGCAUCAGGUGGCCUACCUCGGCCUGAUGGAGAAUGUGAUGGUGCGCAGAGCUGGCUUUGCCUACAGGCAGCAUUACGCUCGGGUCCUGCAGCGGUAUAAAAUGACGUGUGAGUACACCUGGCCGAACCACCUGAUGGGCUCGGACAGAGAGGCCGUGGAGGCCAUCGUCACCCAGCACGGUUUCCAGGACGAUGUGGCGUACGGACACACCAAACUGUUUGUCCGAACGCCGCGGUCUCUCUUCACCCUUGAGCAAGAGAGAGCCGCCCUCAUCCCCAUCCUGGUGCUCUUCCUGCAGAAGGUGUGGCGCGGGGCUUUGGCUCGUAAGAGGUGCCGGCGAAUGAGGGCCAUCUACGCCAUCAUGGGCUGCUAUAAGCGCUACAAGGUGAAGGCCCACUUCUGGGAGGUGGAGAGGAGGUUCGCUAAUGUGCGAACCAUGGCCGACUACGGAAAGAGUGUGGAGUGGCCGACCCCGCCUGCAGCUCUGUCCCAGUUUCACAACAACACAGUCAUGCUGCAUCGCAGGUGGUGGGCGAGGCAGAUCGUGAAGAACAUCCCUCCGUCUGACAUGCUGGAGGUUCGGGCCAAAGUGGCGGCUCUGACUGCUCUGAGCGGAGAGAGGAAGGACUGGGGAGUCAGCAGGGCCUGGGAGAGGGACUACCUGGCCAAUGUGAGAGACUGUCCUCAGACCAGCUCCAGCUUCAUCCGUGUUUCUAAGGAGCUGAGGAACAGAAACGAGUACAGUCAGGUCCUCUUCUCUGGCUUCUGUAGGAAGGUGAAUAGAUUCAACAAAAGCACCGACCGAGGACUGCUCAUCACAGACAAGUGCAUCUACAAAUUGGAGCCAAAGAAGCAGUACAAGGUUUUGAAGAAACUUCCCUUAGAUACUUUGACGGGGCUGAGCGUGACCAGCGGGGUCGACCAGAUGGUGGCGCUGCACACGUCCUCCCAGGACGACGUCCUGCUGUGUCUGCAGCGUGGGGAGCUGUGCACCAACCAGGAUCGAGUGGGCGAGCUGGUGGGCGCGUUGGUGGACCACUUCACACGAGUACGAAAAGUCGACUUUCCAGUGAAGGUUAGCCGUUUAGCCGUGCAGCUUCACAUGCGGGGAAAACCAAAGAGCGUCACCGUAGAAACCAAACCGGGCCAGACCAGCGCCGACUUCAAGAAGAGUCGAGAUGGUUUCGUCCUGCUUGUCCCCGCUAACUAACAGCUUGACCUCGGCACCUCGACUAGACUAUUGCAGCUCUGCGUUUGGGGACGUUGCUUUGAAAAGCAACAGUUUAUCAACAAAGAUUGUUUUAAUAUUUUAUGUCAACGCAGAACAGAGGCUGUUUUCUUACUCCUGAGCUGCAGGAGGACAAUGUUCACUGGACAGUUACAAAAGUGUUGAAUAGAGAAAUGAUGUUGCUGUAAAGAAUUGGGACGAAGCUCUCGUUGCUUUUAAUGUUGCAAAACAUAUUUGAAGGUAUUUUUUUGUCCAAGACAAGAUAGAAAGAAAACAGAUGUAAAUGCACUUUUUGAAUGACAAAUUGUACAUCACAAGGCAUAAAAACAAUCAAGAGAAAACCUUCUAGAUAUAUAUUUGUAUAUUGAGUUGAACGUCAAUGAAACAAGAACAGUUUUUUGUGUGCCUUGUCUCAUGCUGUUGCCUUAAAAAAAAGACUGUGACAAUUAUUUCACGUCAGAAGUAGUAAAAAGGGAAAUGAGAAACAAGAGGAAAGAAAAUAAAUUA